AUGAUACUGAUAAAAAAAUCAGUGCUAAAGAAUGUUUUGCAACAAAAAUGCAAAAAAUUAUUAAGAAAUAAUAUAACAACAGCUACAACUACCACAACCCCUUCUAUAGCAUCAUUACCAUUUACAAAUAGAAUACUAGAGCCAUUAAAAGAUUUCCCUUUGCCGAAUGGGAACUCUAAAACAAAUAUUAGUAAUAAAAUCACAACCUCAUCGUAUUUAGAUCUUCGGCCUGAUAAAUAUGAGAUAUCAGAUGACGAUAAACAAUAUAAAUAUUAUUCCUCAAAAAACGAUGAUGUAUCAAGACAACCAUACGAAAGAGAAAUCAACUACUUAAAAAACAUGUUGGAGUCAUUUUCUGCAGAAAGUUAUUUUGAAAGAAGUUUUCAAAUUUUAAAGUCAUUAUCAAAAUUAGUAAAUCAAGAAGAAUUAACUCAAAUUGGAAAUAAAUCGUUAGAAUCAAUAGCGAGAGAUUCAAAAAUAAAGCCAGAUAAUUUGAGUAAAAUAAUAUCUCAAAUGGAAGAAUUCUGUAAUUUUAAAUCAAAUGAAAGAACAGAGGCAAUUGUGUUGAAAACUUUACUACAAAAUGAUGGUAACUCAAAUGAUUAUUUUGAAUUCAUAGAUGAUAAAAAAACCAUAAAAAAGAUUUUACAAAACACAGAUAUAAUUGGAGCUGAUAAUAUGUUCAAAAUAUUUGACUCCAAAAAAAUAGAUCAAUCAUGUAUACCGCAAGAAUUGAUGGAAGUGUACAAAAAUUAUAAAUUAAAUCAACAAGGCGGAGAAGUUGCUGAAGAUACAAUCAAAUUACAACAAAACGUAGACAUAAAUCCAUUAGAUAAACAAAACCUAGAUGAAUUAUUACCGGUAGAUUCAUUUGGAUUAAAAGUCGUUAGACAUUCAUUAUUAGGUUUAAAACCAAAUUCAGAGUCAGCAUUACAAUUUGCAUCGAACGUUGAAGAAAUAGUAGAUGAUUUAGAUGAGAUUACUAAAACAGAAAUUAAAUCAGGUAAAUUAAAUUAUUAUGAAAUUUAUAAAAGAUUGAAAACUGAAGAACAAAAAGAACAAUUUAAUGAAGUUUUAGAAGUAUUUAAUUCCGAUAGACAAAGACAAAUUGAAAUCAGAGGUAUAGAGGGAGCCAAAGAAAAAUGGAAACACGAUUUCGAAGAAUCUCAAAAAAGAGGUGACCUCAACUUAAGUAAAAGUUUAAAUGCUCAAUGUUAUGAAUGGUAUCAAAAAUUAAUUCCGUUAAUAGAAAAAGAGCAUGAAUUAUGUAAAGCUUUAAUUAAAGAAGAUAAAUCAAUAGAUCAAGGAGAUCCUGCAACAGCAAAAGAUAGAGCUUAUUAUGCACCAUUUUUAAUUAAAGUAGAUGCUGAGAAAGCAGCAGUAGUUGCCAUAUUGGAGUUAUUAAAAUUAAAUGCAAGUGGAGGUGUCGUUGGAGGAAUGAGAGCUGCUAAAGCAAUAUCUUCAGUGGGUAGAGCCAUAGAAUUAGAAUAUAGAACUACAUGUAUGGCUCAACAAGAAAAUAAAGUGUCAUCCAUUAACAAAAAAAUUCCAGCUUCACAACAAAUGAGAAAAAUAAUAAGAAAAACAAUUGAUAACCUAGAUGAAAAUGGACCAGAUUGGGAUAAUGGAACAAGAUCAAGAAUUGGAGGUGUAUUAGUUUCAUUUAUAAUGGCAGUUGCAAAAGUUAAAGUAAGAAAAUAUAAUAAUGGGUCGCAAAUUGAAGAUUAUCAUCCAGCUUUUUUCCAUGGAAUGCAAUUUAUUGGUGGUAAUCGUAUUGGAGUUAUUAAGAUUCAUAAUGAAAUUGCCAAAAAUCUUACAGGAACAUCAUUUACUGAAUCUAUACAACCGCAAUCAUUACCUAUGUUAGUUAAACCCAAACCAUGGAAUUCAUUUUAUGGCGGAGGAGGACUUUAUUCAAGACACCCAUUAGUUAGAAUGAGAGAUGCACCAGAAACUGAAGCAUAUGUGAAAGCUGCUGCAAGAAGAGAUAAUCUCGAAGAAGUAUUUGAUGGUUUAAAUGUAUUAGGUACAACUGCAUGGACAAUCAAUAAAAAAGUUUUUGAUAUAAUUUCACAUUAUUGGAAUCAAGGUGACGAAUUUUUAACAAUUCCUCCAGUUUUAGAAACAGCUGAGUUCCCAUCAAAAUUAAAACCUGAAGCUGAUCCAAAGGAAAGAUUCGAACAUAAUCGAGCUAUGUAUAAAGCGGCAAGAGAUUUUGCAGCUUUUAGAUCUCAAAGAUGUGAUUAUAAUUAUAAAUUAGAAAUUGCAAGAGGAUUUAUUGGUGAAAAAUUAUUUUUCCCACAUAAUUUAGAUUUCAGAGGUAGAGCAUAUCCUAUAUCUCCUCAUUUAAAUCAUUUAGGUGGUGAUUUAACAAGAGCAUUGUUUUUAUUUUGGGAAGGGCAAGAAGUUGGAGAAAGGGGAUUAGAUUGGUUAAAAAUUCAAUUAGCAAAUGUUUAUGGUGUGGAUAAAGCUCCAUUAUCUGAAAGAAUACAAUUUGCAACUGAUAAUUUAGAUAAUGUUAUUAAAUCUGCCGAGAACCCUUUGAAAAACGAUUGGUGGACAAAAGCUGAAAAACCUUGGCAAGCAUUGAGUGUUUGUUUUGAAUUAGCAGAAGCAUAUAAGUUACCAGAUCCAACUAAAUUUAUAUCUCAUUUACCUGUACAUCAAGAUGGUACUUGUAAUGGUCUUCAACAUUAUGCUGCAUUAGGUGGUGACGUUGAAGGUGCAAAUCAAGUCAAUUUAAAUCCAGCUGAUAGACCACAAGAUGUUUAUACAUAUGUUGCAAAAUUAGUGGAAAACAGAGUCAAAAUUGAUGCUGAAAAGGGAGAUGAAAUUGCAAAGUUUUUACAAGAUAAAAUCAAAAGAAAAGUUGUUAAACAAACAGUCAUGACUAAUGUUUAUGGAGUUACUUUUGUUGGUGCAUUAGCACAAAUUAAAAAACAAGUAAGUCAACAUUUUGGUGAAGAUCAAGAAGAAAUACAUAAAUUUAUCAAAUAUUUGACUGUACAAGUAUUUGCAUCUAUAAGAGAAUUGUUUGAAAAUGCUCAUUUAAUCCAAGAUUGGUUAGGUGAAGCAGCCAAGAGGAUUAGUAAAUCAGUUUCCAUUGAUUAUGGUGAAUCAUCAGGUAGUGAACAUGAAUUACAUUCAUCAGCAGUAAUAUGGACUACUCCCUUAGGGUUACCUUGUGUUCAACCAUAUCGUGUAAAUAAACAUCAUUCAGUUAAAACAUCAGUUCAAGAUGUAUUAAUUACAAACCCAUCGGGUACAUCCACAGUUGAUGCAAGAAAACAACAAGCAGGUUUCCCACCAAAUUUUAUACAUUCAUUAGAUGCAACACAUAUGUUAAUGACAGCAACUGGAUGUGGUAAAUUAGGUUUACAAUUUGCUUCAGUUCAUGAUUCAUUUUGGACUCAUGCAGCAAAUGUUGAUAAAAUGAAUUCAAUUUUAAGGGAACAAUUUGUUAGAUUACAUACAACUGAUUUAGUUCAAUUAUUAAGAGAUGAGUUUAUUGAAAGAUAUAAAGGAUCAUAUCAAGUUUUACAUAUUCCAUUAGAUCAUGAAUUAGUUAAAAAAGUUAAAACUAUUAAAAAGCAAUGGGCAACAUCUAUAAAAAGAGGCAUAACAAUAACAGAUGAACUUUAUAUGGAAAGAAAAAGAUUAGAAAUGCUUAAUUCAACAAAUCCAGAAGAAGUUGAAGCUGCUAAAAAAUUGGAAACUACAUUAAGUGUCGUUGAAAAUUAUGAUCCAUAUCUGUUUAAUGUUGCUACAAAAACAAAUGCUUAUGAUGUUUUGGUACCUUUACAAUUUCCAGAAGUUCCAACAAAAGGUGAAUUUGAUGUUAAUAAAGUUAAAGAUUCUCAUUAUUUUUUCUCAUAA